AUGGAGACAACGCGUUCUCAGGACUCGAAGCACCCGCCGCUGUGGCACUGGGGCUUCAUAUACGACCUCCCAUUUCUCUUCAAACUCGCCCGGAAGCUCCAGGCGGAAGGCAGCGCCGGCUCGCGUCGUGCACCCCUCCCGGACGUCGACUUCUCGGUCGAUCCGCUGCACGGUGCGGACCUGGAGGACGCCGAGGAGGACGUCAUGGAGGACCAGACCUACCGCACAGUGAUGAUGUGGAACUGGGGAUCCCAGUAUCUGGCAGACUACGUCUGCAUGAGCCACCUGGCCAACUACACCGUAUACGUCCACAACGGACGAUCCGGGAAUGACCAGCGUAUGGUGCGCUGUAUUGCAUUCGUCCAAGCCGAUGUAUGGCAUUACCAGGAGCUCGAUGGGCUCGAACACACGAAAGGAGAGCUUCCGGACGAUGCGACGAUGGAAAAGUUCACGGAACUGCUGGGCCCGCCGGGGUGGUACUUGGACAUUCAGUCAACGGCCAGGGACGAUAUUGGGCCACGCCUGGAGAGCGGGGAGUAUCAGGUGGAACAGGGCAUGCCGGGGAUGUUCACGCAGGACACCUAG